AUGUCUUCUCGACCAGAUCUCAAGGUCGACGACGAAGUCGGCUUCAUUGGCUUCUACCGCUCCCUUCCAACAGUCGACAACAAUGAGACAAUUCGAGUGUUUGACCGAGGCGACUGGUACUCAUCCCAUGGCGCCGAUGCAGAAUUCAUCGCACGCACUGUCUACAAGACAACCUCCGUCAUCCGCAACCUAGGCCGUAGCGAAUCCAACGGCCUACCCUCCGUCACAAUGAGCGUAACAGUAUUCCGGAACUUCCUUCGUGAAUCACUAUUCCGCCUCAAUAAGCGAAUCGAGAUUUGGGCCUCUGGCGGCACAGGCAAGGGCAACUGGAAGCUCGCCAAGCAAGCCAGUCCCGGUAACCUCCAAGACGUCGAAGAAGAGCUCGGCAGCGUGGGCGCACUCUCAAUGGACCAGGCACCCAUCAUCCUCGCCGUGAAGAUAUCUGCACGCGCAGCCGAGGCACGAAACGUCGGCGUGUGCUUCGCCGAUGCGAGCGUGCGCGAACUGGGCGUUAGUGAAUUCCUCGAUAAUGAUAUCUACUCCAAUUUCGAGUCUUUAGUUAUCCAGCUCGGUGUGAAGGAGUGUCUUGUGACGAUGGAUUCGACGCGGAAGGAUGUCGAGCUAGCUAAGAUCCGUGCUAUUGCUGAUAGCUGUGGGAUUGCGAUUUCCGAGCGGCCUGUUGCCGAUUUUGGUGUUCGUGAUAUCGAGCAGGAUCUUACUCGAUUGUUGCGGGAUGAACAUUCUGCUGGGACUCUGCCUCAGACUGAGUUGAAGUUGGCUAUGGGGUCUGCUUCGGCUUUGAUUAAGUACCUUGCUGUUAUGACUGAUCCUACGAACUUUGGUCAGUAUCAGCUUUAUCAGCAUGAUUUGUCCCAGUAUAUGAAGCUUGAUGCCUCGGCGCUGAGGGCUUUGAAUCUUAUGCCCGGUCCGCGGGAUGGUUCGAAGAGUAUGAGUUUGUUUGGUCUUUUGAAUCAUUGCAAGACCCCUGUUGGAAGUCGUUUGCUGGCCCAGUGGCUUAAACAGCCGCUGAUGGACUUGGCUGCUAUUGAGCAGCGGCAGCAGCUGGUCGAGGCUUUCGUUGUCAACACCGAGUUACGUCAGACUAUGCAGGAAGAGCAUCUGCGCGCUAUUCCUGAUCUUUACCGUUUGGCCAAGCGGUUCCAGCGGAAGCAGGCUAACCUGGAGGAUGUUGUUCGAGCAUACCAGGUUUCCAUCCGUAUUCCUGGGUUCGUCAGUGCGCUUGGAGACGUAAUGGAUGAGCAGUACCAGGAGCCCCUCGAGGCUGAAUACACAUCUAAGCUACGUGGCUAUUCAGACAGCUUGGCCAUGCUGGAGGAGAUGGUGGAAACAACAGUUGAUCUUGCUGCCCUGGAGAACCACGAAUUCAUUAUUAAGCCCGAGUUCGACGAGAGCUUGAAGAUUAUCAGGAAAAAGCUCGACAAGCUACGCUACGAUAUGGACAUGGAACACCGCCGUGUUUCCAAGGACCUGAAUCAGGAGAUGGAAAAGAAGCUCUUCAUGGAGAACCACCGAGUCCAUGGAUGGUGCUUCCGUCUUACUCGCAAUGAGGCAGGCUGUAUCCGCAACAAAAAGGAGUACCAGGAGUGCUCAACCCAGAAAAACGGUGUCUAUUUCACCAACUCAACUAUGCAAUCCCUCCGUCGGGAGCAUGACCAACUCUCCUCCAACUACAACCGAACUCAGACCGGUCUGGUCAAUGAGGUUGUCAACGUUGCCGCUUCCUAUUGUCCGGUGUUGGAGCAGCUCGCCGGUGUGCUGGCGCACCUUGAUGUCAUCGUGAGCUUCGCGCAUGCUUCGAUGCACGCUCCUUCAGGCUAUGUCCGCCCUAAGAUGCAUCCUCGUGGAACGGGGAACACCGUUCUCAAGGAAGCCCGUCACCCAUGUAUGGAAAUGCAGGAUGACAUCUCAUUCAUUACGAAUGAUGUUUCUUUGAUUCGUGAUGAAUCGUCAUUCCUUAUCAUCACUGGUCCUAACAUGGGCGGAAAGUCCACCUACAUCCGACAAAUUGGUGUGAUUGCCCUUAUGGCACAGACUGGUUGCUUCGUCCCUUGUACUGAGGCCGAGCUGACUAUCUUCGACUGUAUUCUUGCCCGUGUCGGUGCAAGUGACUCGCAAUUGAAGGGUGUGUCGACAUUUAUGGCCGAAAUGCUUGAGACCUCCAACAUUCUGAAGUCUGCCACGUCGGAAUCUUUAAUCAUCAUUGACGAACUGGGCCGUGGAACCAGCACAUACGAUGGCUUCGGUCUUGCGUGGGCUAUUUCAGAGCAUAUUGUCACCGAAAUCCGCUGCUUCGGUCUGUUCGCGACUCACUUCCACGAGCUGACGGCCCUAGCAGACCGGUACCAGAAGGCCGUCAAGAACCUGCACGUUGUGGCGUUCAUUGUUACUUUGCUCUACCGUGUGGAACCUGGCAUAUGUGAUCAAUCCUUCGGUAUCCAUGUCGCCGAAUUAGUACGGUUCCCAGACAAGGUUGUCAACAUGGCACGUCAAAAAGCCGAAGAGCUUGAGGAUUUCACAUCUGCAUCAGGCGAAGGUGAUGGCAAACAGGUAGCUGCACCCUCCCUUGACAAGUACACCCAAGAAGAGGUGGAAGAGGGCAGUGCGCUGCUCAAGGGCAUGCUGCUCAAAUGGAAAGCAGCAACCGAAGGCAAAGAGCUGACAGCCGAACAAAAGCGCCAGCUCAUGCGUGAUCUGGCAGGAGCCGAUCAGAAGCUCCAAGCCAACAAAGUGUUCCAAGGUAUCAAGGCUUUAUAA